GGCAGGUAACACCGAGUGUAAAAGCUUUAAAAAAAAAAAUCUGUUUGCCUUAAAUCAGAAGAAACAGUUGUAUUUACUAUAACUUUUUUCACAGCAUAGGGGUCACUAGAACCCUAAACAAUGAGGAAGUCAAGUCAAUUCCUACAGAACAUGACUGUGCUGUCGAUGGGCACAUGGGGAGGGAACAGUCAGUCACAGCUUCUACAUGCAUGUCAGUGAACAAGCCCCACUAGCCCAAUGACUCUCUCUCAUUCUUAAGUCUUCAACGUUUAAGAGUGCUCAAGCGCAGACUACAUAAGACGUUGUCCGUUUGAAUAGUUGUCGAGCUUGAAUAGUCUUGCUUUGUACCUUUAACAGAAAAUGGAUUAUGUCUAAUAUGGACUUUUAAUGUUUGUUCAAACAACAGCACUGCUGUUUUUCUGCGCGCAGAUGAUUUAAUCUGGAGUUUUGAAGAGCCGCGAAGACCGAGUCAGGAUGUGAUCAUUUCCAGCCAAACAUGGUCCGAGAAGUAUUGAACAGAGCGAGUUGGAAAACGUUUCUGACAGUAAUGCAGUCUUAAUUGGUGUAAAGUCCGUAUCGAUGAAAAACUGAAACUGUGGAAGAAAGGUUUUUUUUUUCUCAAAUGGAGCGGCACAGCAGUCUCGUUUCCAUUUGGCUUCAGCUCGAGCUUUGCGCCAUGGUUGUUCUUCUCACUAAAGGAGAAAUACGAUGUUACUGCGAUGCUCCCCACUGUGUGGCUACUGGUUACAUGUGCAAAUCGGAGCUGAACGCCUGCUUCACACGCAUCUUAGAUCCUCAAAGCACCAAGUCUCCACUCUCUCACGGGUGUUACGAACCUCUCCUGAACUCAGGAAACAUUUGCCAUCCAGAGUCAACCUAUGAUACCAUCCAUGGACCUGCUACACUUCAGUGUUGCAGUGAGGAUAUGUGCAAUUACAGAGGCUUGCAAGAUCUAACAUACAGAGGCGGAGAAAGUCAUGACAGAAGUCGGCAUCAAACCGAAGGCAUCCGUCACGUUGUAGCACGACUACAGGAAAUCCCUUCCUCCAAAGAGGUAUGGUUCCGUGCUGCGGUCAUCACCGUACCCAUCGCUGGUGGCCUCAUCUUGGUCCUCCUCAUCAUGUUGGCUCUGCGCAUGCUCCGCAGUGAAAACCGGAAACUGCGGCAACAACGGCGAGAGAUGCUCUCCCGCCUUCACUACAGCUUCCACGGCCAGCACCUCACCAAGGGUCAUAUUACCAAACUGGACCUUGAGUGUAUGGUGCCAGUGGGAGGCCAUGAGAACUGUUGCCUGAGCUGCGACAAGGUUUGGCAUUCUGACCUUAGUAGCCAGAGACUUCUAUCGUUGGUUCACUGGGGAAAGUGCAGUGGCCGAGGGAAGCUGGAGUUUGUCUGAUAGCUUUGGAGUUUGUUUUCCUUUGUGGAUUUGGAAAGGACUCAUUGGGCUAAGACUUUUUAUUUGAACCCUUCAAAAGGAGGUACUGCAAGCAAGAAAUUAAAAGAGAACACUUGAAAGCAUCAACCAUAUAGUUGUUGCUGUUGAAGCACUUUACUUGAAUUAGAGGCUUGAGGAAAAGAGAGACUGUUUGUAUUAUUGGCUGAGACAAGGAGCAACUUCGUACUGGUAUUCUUUCUUAUAACCGAAGGAUUCCAAAUAAGUUUAAAAAUUUGCACUUUUUGUAUAAAGAAACUAUGGUUGAUUUGAUUUAUUAGUUGUGUUAGACUAGUGGGUGGAGGAUGACCUCUUGUGUGUGAAUGGCUCUGUUCCAAAACCUAGUUCGCUUCCUACAUAGGUAGCCAUUUAUGGCUACGUUCACAUUAAUUUAGAAACACAUUUGAAAAUUGAUUUUUUUUCCAAACACUGUCUGUCCACACUGCUGUUUUCCAUAAGUUUCUCAUCCACAUUGAAUUGUAUAAAAACUCGUAAAUCCCCUUUCCGUGUAUACAACAAAAUAGCCGUUCCAUGUAUUGUCUGAAGCGCAAUUGUCCUCAUGUUCUGUCACUGGACAGCAAUUCAGAGUAAACUUCCUGCAAAGUGAA